AUGGAUGAAGCUUUAAAUAAUGCAGAAAAUAAUAGUUUAGGAAGAGUUUUUCCUUUAUCUGGUUAUAAAUCGAAUUUAAUUAUUAAAGAAUUAUUACCAAAAGAAGAGGAAAAAAUAAAAUUAUAUUGCUCGGCAUUAAUUUUAUUAAAAAUUUGGGCAGAAAAUAAUUCUAUUUAUGGAAAUCAAUUUGGAUUUUUGAGUGGUACUUCUAUGUUAAUUAUGUUGACUAAAAUUUAUUUAUUAUAUCCAAAUACUUGUUCUGUUUUGGUUAUAUUAGAUAGAUUCUUUCUUACUUUUUUGACAUGGAAUUGGCCUAGACCUUUCCUUAUUGGUAAAAUUGACGAUAGUUUACCGCAUAGUUGGAGAAUUGGAACUGAAUUAUUUGCAAGGGAAAUAACAUUUUUAAAUAAGCAAGGAAUUGAAGAAGAUUGGGAUGAUAAAAGUGAUAAAAAAUAUAUAAAAAUGGAAAAAGAAAAAUUGAAAGAAAAUGAAAAAGAAAAUAUUGAAAGAUUAAAAAAACAUUCAAAAUUAAUAAUGCCAAUUUUAACACCAGCAUAUCCACAACAGUCAAGUGCUUUUAAUGUUAAUUAUUCAACAAUGAAAAUAAUUAAACAAACAAUUAUUGAAGGUUUAAGAGGAUUAAGACAAAUUCGCAAUUCCCACUUAAAUGAAAUUUUGAAACAAUGGAUUAAAGGAGUUGACUUUGUUGAUAAAUACGAUCAUUUUGUAACAAUUAUUUGUGUUGGAAUUGAUAAAAAUAUUGGAGAGGAUUUUUGUAAUUUUGUAAAAAAUCGAAUUAGAGUUGAAUUGGUUUUGUCAUUGGAAGAAUAUCCAAAAUUAGAAUAUUCACAUAUUUCACCAAAUAAAUCAAAAAAAGGAAAAUGUGAAAAAAGAUUAAUUGCUGGGAAAAAAUUUAAAAAAUUUUGGGAAGACAAUUGGUGUAAACAAUGGAUUGUUGGUUUAAAUUUUCCCGAAAUAUUUAAUUAUUCAAAUAAAGAAAAAAUAUCUUUAAAUUAUUAUUUUUUAAAGUUUAUUAAAAAAAUUAAAGGAAAAUAUAUUAAGCAUAGAAAAAUUGAAAGAACUAAUGUGGCUAUUCAUUUACGUUAUACUGAUAUUCACGAAGCUAAGAAGUUUUGGGGAGAUAAUUAA